GUCUAGACUAGAGAUUCUGUGAAACAACAGCUCAUACUAUAGACCCCUAAACAGUCUUUCUCUCUUAAAAAACCAUUUUCUCUCUCUAAAAAUCAAUUGUGUUGGAUUCAAUCAAAGAGAUCAAUGAAUUCAUCUAAGUUCAUGGACAAACAAAUCAUGGAUCUAACAGCAUCACAAAACAACCCUAAUAACAAUAACAACAUCUUUGAUAUUCUAAAUCCUUCUCCUCAAGAAGAGCAACAAACUAGUAGUAGCAGCGUUGUUGGCGUGAAGAAAGAUCUCAAAGAAGAGAUAUUACCUAGUUAUGAUUUUCAACCGAUUCGACCUACUACUAUUUCUUCAGUGAAUCUUGAUGGUGGGAGUAAUACUAAUCCUGAUGGAGUUAGGGUUUGGAGUUCUGCUGAUUCCAAAACUAAUUCAUCUGUUAGAAUUUAUGGCUCUGUUGAUGCCAAUGAAUCUGCAAAAGUCACCCAAGAGAAAGAUCGGAAGUCUUAUGAUGCAGCGGUAAUGUCCGAGAUUGACCGAGCAGUGAAGAAGCAUGCUGACGAUCUGCUUCAUGCAAUAGAAGGUGUCAGUGCCAGAAUAUCACAGAUGGAGAGCAGAACUCGAAAUCUCGAGAACUCGGUGGAUGAUUUGAAAGCGUCAAUCGAGACCAAUAAUGGCAGCACUGAAGGAAAAUUGAGGCUGCUGGAUAAUGUUCUCAGAGAGGUACAAACUGGAGUUCAGUUCUUGCGAGAUAAGCAUGAAAUAGCAGAGGCUCAUCUGCAACUAGCAAAGCUGCAAGCCUCCAAGGGAGACAAACAACCUGAAAUCCCAAAUAGCAUCACUCACUCAGAUACUCUGCAACAACCGGCUUUUGCUUCUCAACAAUCUCCCCAACAUCCAGUUGUUCCACAACAACCACUUCCUGUUAUCUCUCCUCCUAAUGCUCCUCCACCCCCACCCCAUCAAAACACAUACCAAGUUCAGCUUCCUCCUCAGGCAACCCAAAACCAGAUCCCCUCCAUUCCUCAGCGAGAGACAUACUUUCCACCACCAGGUCAAUUGGCGGAGGCUACACAACAGCCCUAUCAACUGCCUCCUGCUCAGCCGUCCCAACCUGGUGCACCGCAUCAACGUUUCCAACCUGUCCCGUCUCAGCUUCCGUCUCACUACUCUCAAGCAUCCCAGCUUCCUCAGCACCACCAACCUGUUGGUCCGAUGAACCCUUCUCUUCCUCACCACCAAUCUUCAAUAAGCCACCCUUCCGAGGAAAAUCAUUAUGCUCCACCUUCGAGCUACCCACCAAGUAUCAGGCAAUCUCCUUCCAUUACUCAGCCACCUAGUGGUCCCUCUUCUUCCCAACAUUUCUAUGGUAAUUCUCGCAUGCAUGAGUCCCCAGCAAGCCAAACUAAUUCAGGGUUUUCUGCUGGGUACAUCCCAUCACCUGGUGCUAACUUUAACGACUCCUAUGCGUAUAGUGGAUCCCCUUCUCACUACACUAACAGUUCAGCAAUGAAACCACCACCCCAGCAUUCUUCAUCCCCUUCAGCCCCUAGUGGUGGUGGUGGCGGAAGCGGUUACCCUCGUCUCCCUACUGCUCAGUUAUUGCCACAAGCAUUGCCUACUGCCAGUAGUGUCAGUGGCGGCAGUGGGUCAUCAAACUCUGGUGGGAGUGGAAACAGGGUCCCUAUUGAUGAUGUGGUAGAUAAAGUGGUAUUGAUGGGAUUCUCAAGGGACCAGGUGAGGACUACUGUGAGGAAACUUACAGAGAAUGGUCAAUCUGUUGAUCUUAAUGUGGUUCUUGAUAAACUGAUGAAUGGACACUGAGCAAGUUGCCAACCCUUGAAUGGUAAAUGGAGGCUUCUUUUCUUGAUUUAUUUGUAUAGAGCUAUAGAAACUAUGCUCUCUAAACCAGCUUUCUUUAUUGGGAAGAAUAUGUUUCUAAUGGGUCUGACUGGUGAGAGUCGGUAGUGACACAUAAUCUGCAUGUCUAUGAUUUGAUUGUAAUCUUUCGUUCUUUUUAGGUAAUGACACAUAAUCUAUGAUUUGAUUGUAAUCUUUCGUUCUUUUUAUUUCCUUUUCGCCUGUUAUUCGAGUACAUAUUUCUGUAAACCUGGCUCCUUGAAUCUUUGACUUCACAUCGUGAUAAUUCGUGUUCCUUAUAUAUAACAGCUUAUCAGUGAUUUAUCACUGGCUUUGCAUCGGUA